UGGUAACGUCUGGAGCACACUGUAGCUGGAAUAUGUGUCUGUGGAAAGAAGCAGUAUACAUCACUUAAAUACCAUCUAUGUGACUGAUUUUCCUCCAAAAUAUUGUAGCACUUUUGAGAGCUUGGUGGCUACUGAGUUGGUUUCCAGAGCACCAGAUUGCUGUCAAAAUGAGUGAAACACCUUCAACUAGUUACUCGGUGAAUCAGCCUAACUCCUCCGAGAGUGAACAGAGUUUAACCACGCGCCAUUUCAAUGUUACUGAACCUGUUGUGGCAAAACGGAUCUGUUUCUAUAAAAGUGGAGAUCCUCAGUUUAAUGGCAUCAACAUGGUAAUUAACAGUCGGUCUUACAAAACAUUUGAUGCCUUGCUGGAUAGUUUAUCCAAACGGGUCCCAUUACCUUUUGGAGUAAGAAAUAUUAGUACACCAAAAGGGAGACACAGCAUCACCAAUCUGGAGGAUCUUGAAGAUGGAAAAUCUUAUAUUUGCUCCCAUCAGAGGAAAAUGAAGCCCAUCAACUUGGAACAGGCUAGCAAAAAGCCACUUCCCUGGCAGAUCAGCAGGCCUGUCAGUGCUCGCCGUCGAGCUGUGCAAUUAGCAAGGGAAAAUGAAGAUGGAUUUGGCCAUCGAGAAAGUAAAAUAACAACUCCCAAGAAGAUGCUUGUUUUCAAAAAUGGAGAUGUAAGACUCAGGCGCACCAUAGUUCUGGGAAAAAAAAAUACACAAAACUUUGAGGCCUUUCUGGAUUACAUGAGUGAGUUAAUGCAGUAUCCAGUUGUGAAACUAUACACCACUGAUGGCAGAAAGGUUCCUAAUCUCCAGGCCCUAAUACUGUGCUCUGGAGCUGUAGUUGCAGCGGGGAGAGAGCCUUUUAAACCAAGCAAUUACGAUUCUCUUGGGUAUUCACGGCCUGCUAAAUUGCUUGGAAUUGCAAAUCGUGUGUACCCAAAAGCAAAUGCCAAGUCAGAGAGUGAAAAUAUGAGAGCUGAAAUGAGCUCUGGCUCAAGAUCUCAGGUAUUCUCAGUUUCUUCUGAUAAAGGGUCCAGCAAUGAUGAUAACUUGAAUGAGAACAACUCAGAUUCUUCCUGUAUUCCUGCCAGUCAUAAUGGCAUAGGAGGAAAUCAGUCAGUUACUGGUGAAGACUUAUCAUCUGUGGCACAGUAUGAAGAUGACAUUGAGAAAUCUGUUCACCUUAAUCAAGAUGGAAGUAUCACAGUGGAAAUGAAAGUUCGAUUUAAAAUUAAAGAGGAAGAAACCAUUAAAUGGACAACCACUGUUAGUCGUGCUGAUAAAAAUACCACCACUUGCAAUUCUGCAAUGCAUGCAGAAGACUCCUUAUCCAGUGUAAAUGUAUCAGAACAUAUAAAACCAAAAGAUGAUCUGUUUUUGAAGAGCUACAAUAAAGAAGAAGGAAACUCACUACAGCAGUUCAAUGCAGAAGUGUCAGACAGAGAAUCAGAGUCUGAUUUAAAAACUGCUGGUUGUAACACCUGUAUGAAGAGCAGUUCUGCAGAUCUAGAUGCAGGCAAUGUACCUGAGGAUAACAUCAGGCCUCACUUUUAUAGGCCUCCUACCCCUGGGCCAAGGCGUGUUAGACAAAAGAAAGCAGUAGUUGAAAGUGUCACAUUGGUUUCUGAGAAAGAGGUUCAGGAGAAGACAGUAGGACAGUUUUCCUACAGUGAGGAAAUAAAGAAUGGAGAAAAUAAAUCUGAGUAUUGCAUGGUAGCUCAUUCAAGCAGAAAAAAAUCAAGUGUCAGUAAUCCAAAUUUUAGUGAGAUCAGUGACAAUGGUUUAUUUAAGCUUUCUUCAGAGAAUAUAAAAGAAGAAAAGUUUUUUAAAGUAAUCCACAAAAAUAAUGAUUUAAUAGAAACCACGAAGAGGAAUACAUUAGAAGUGCCUGAUGAGGAUGAAUCAGCACAGAAUAUAUUAGAGAAAUCAGUUAUGGAUCAAGGUACAUAUAAUAGUUUGGUAUCAACCUGCAAAACUAACAUCAGUUAUUUCAUACCAUCAUCAGAAAUUUACCAGGCAGCCAGGCCAGCCUCAGCAGACCACAUCCAUAAGUCAUGUGAUAUUAAACAAAUUAAAAGAUCACCGAGUUCUUUCACUCGCUAUUCAGAAUUAAGUCAGUCAGUAGAAGAAACACAAUGUAAAACAUCAGAUUUAUUACCUGUUUCUCAAGAUGCAGUGUGUUCAGCCUCUGCUGGACAUAGCCAGAUGAAGAUGAUGGUACCUCCAUGUAGUAAAGGUCUUACUGACAAAAUAAAUCCAACACCUGGGUUAUUUCCUACUGUAACUGAAAGUGAGAAUCAAACUAGCAUCAGGACUGAAUCUGUGACAGCAACACGUCUCAUUGAUGACAGCCAAUCUAUAUCUUCCCUCACCAGAAAGAAGAAGAAGAAGAAGAGAAAAUCGCCUAACCUCCUAGAACAAAGUACAUAUGAAGAUCAAAAAGACAAAGGAAUUUCAGGGAUAAUUAAAAGUGAGGGAAUGCGUAUCACAAGCAAACCCCCGCAGGAUUCCACAGCAGAGGCUAUGGAUAAUUAUUCUGAAAUGCCUCAGAAAAAACGAAUGGAAUUUUUUGUAAAAAACAAUGAUGGUUCUGUCAAUUCAGACAAAAAUGUAUGUCCUGAAGAUGAGUUCUACCACCAGGAUUUAGUGGAACAAAAUGGAUUAUCAUCCAAUAAAAACCCAAGAAGUAAUGACAAGUUGUUCGACUCAAAAUUGAAGUCAGGCAAAAAAAAUAGUAUAGUUUCAUCUUCAAAGAGUGAAGAUGGCCUAGUGACAGUUGAUUCAAACAAUGAGUCUGAACACAGUCAGGAUACACAGAGUAGUGAGAAAGAAGUCACACGUCUCACAAACAGUUCUUUUGAACAGACAUGUAACACAUCUGUGAUUUCAAAACCAUUGUCAGAAGUGCCAGAGAAUCUUAAUGUUGAAAAAGAAAAGGAGAAGAAUGUUUUGGAAAAUUUCUCAUCAAAGAAGGAGAAGAAGCAAAAGGGGAUGAAGAAAAGUCUAAGUAAAGGGGCAAAUAAGUUAAAUAUGUCAGAGAGUGCCAUUGCACAAGAGGCUCUGAAACAAGAGGAUUUUCAAGAGGAGGGUGUUGAGCAUUCAUUUGAAAACAAUGUCCAAACUUGGCUGAAAAGCUUUUUACCGAAUUCUGUCUUACCCCCUAUACAUAAAAAAGAAGGGAAUGUAGAGAACAGCAAUGCCUGUAAUUUUCCUGUUGACGCUUCUAUAGAUAAAGAAACAAGAUCUAUCACAAAUAAAGGACAUGUGACUGGAAAAAACCAUCUGCUUGAACAUAAUCUAACAAAAAGAACAUUAAAGCCUAUUUGUGAUUUGAGAGCUUCAGAAGAAUCAGGCAAAGAUUCAGAUGCAAAACAAACUGACCCCUUGAUUCAUGCCAAUACAACUAUAAUAGAAACAGCCAAGUAUUCACUAAAGUCAGAAUUUUGUUGUGAUGGUAAGCUACACUUGCUUCAUGAAACAUCUGACAAUGAUAAAAAGAUGUCAGAAGCUGAUAUGCAAGAUACCAACCUAUGUAGAAGAAAAAAGUCUGAAGUUGCCGUUCAAGUUGAUUGUGCAGUUGUCAAUGAGAAAAUGGGAAUUGAUGUUCAGAAUAAUUGCAUGUCUAUCAUGUUGCUGCAUGAACUACAAUCAGCUUUGCUUGGUCUCCAGAAAGAACAUAAUGGAUGUGUAGGAAAAGCUUGCACCCUUUCAGAUCUUUCUUCUUUAGCUUUUAGUUCUUCUUCUAAUGUCCUCCUAACUUGGCUACUUGUACUGAAUCUGAGAGAGAAUUUGAUUGGGACAAUCAGAGAUGAUACACAAAAAACUACCUGUAGCUGUUCUGAAAUACUUACACAGUUACAGUUUCUGAAACAAACUGCAGUCAUAGAAAAAGUUGAUGAAAUGAAGGCUGCCUUCUCACAUUUUCAACAAUCAACAGAAAAUAACUUAUUAACCUUUGGGAGGGAACUCAAAAAGCAGGACUCCUCACAUUGCCAUGAGAAUAUGUCCAUGUCUGAAAUUCAUAAUGGUUUAUGUCUGCAUGAAAAUGAAAAGCCAGUUGAGUCUUGUGUUCCAAAAGACAGUGAAAAUUCUGAAGAAGCUUUAAAAUUAGAAACCUGUUUUGAUAUGCAGAAAGAUCUUUGUAAUGAAGCAGAGACUUUAGACUUGAGUGCUCUCCAAACACAGCUAGAUAGUCAAUGUGCCAAUAUUAAUUCAAGUACCUGUAGCCUUGCAUCAGCUAUAAAGCCACAUGAAAGAAAGGAAGAAAUGCCUGAUAGCCUAUAUAAAAAAUCUCAAGAUGAAAAUACUAAUACAUCAUUCACUAAUGAAGAGUCAGAAAUUUCAAUAGAGCCUAACUCAACAGUUUAUAGCAUAACUUCUAAUGAUAAACAUCAUAUUUUAGAUCAGGAUACUUCUGAGUUAGAAUGUGAAAAAGAUAUACAUGUUACUACUGAUAAAAGUGAAAAUGAGAAAGCUGAUCCCAAGUCUGUGGGUAAUGACAAAACCCCAAAUAACCAAUUUAAACUUGCCACUGAAACCUCUGUAGAAUAUAACAAUGAGGAUUAUUCUGUACAGGAAGACAAAGAAGAUGCAGAAACUGGUGAGGAAAACUCUGAGAGGUUAUCUACAGUGUCUCCAUUAUCGUUUUGUUAUGAAUCAAAGCAAAUUACAGAAUGUGAUAUGAGCGAAGGAGAACAGAAAUUGCAAGUAGAAGAAUCAGAUAAUAAAAUGUGUUUAGACUCUUCUCAAGUGAAAAAAUGCUUAAAAAGUCCUGCUACUUCAGACUGGUCAGAUUACAGACCAGAUACUGAAGAAAGUGAUUAUAACUUCAGAGCAUCCAGUGAUCUGACCAAUGAAAGUGGGGAGGAAGCAAUGCUUGAAAAACAUUAUAACACUGGCUAUGUAAAAAGAACUAUUGAGCGACUUUAUGGCAACACAGAAGCUUCAUUUAAACCUGACUUUCAGAAAGGAUUUCCUUAUAUGUUGAAAGUAUUUCAAAAGGAUACUGAAGAAUUCCACUCUGCAGUUGUGGAAAAAACCAUUUAUUUUUCUCAAGAGCCAACGUCUUGUUCUGGUGAGAAAUUGUCACAUUCUUCACUACUAUCAGAAGAAUUUGUAGUAAACAUAAACAAAGAUGACACUAUAACGAGACAAGAAAAUACUUCUUUAUCAACACCACAACCUACUCUUAACAGAGAAGAGACAAGUUAUACUGUUGACCAUUCAGGGGAAUCUCCAAAGCAACAUUGUCAACCUAGUGCACCAGAUAAUGAAGAUGAAGGAAUAUUGAUAGAUAAAGGCAAAUGGCUUCUCAAAGAAAAUCAUUUGAUAAGAAGAUCACCACCUGAACGAGUUGGAAUGUAUGGUAAUUUGGAUACAACUUCAACAGACACAGUCCUUGAUACUAACAGUGAUGACUUUCCCUACUCGCACUUCGGCAAUCUGAAUCAAUACCCAGACCUCAGCGAAAACUCUUCUUCAGAACUUGAAGACAUGAUUAAACCCUCUGAAAAUUUUUGCAACUAUUUCAAUAUGCCUCAUAAUAGUGAUUCAGACCCCUUUCAGGAUGACUUAAAUGCAAAAAGCAAACCUAGCUUCAAUGGUAAGAUCACUUCCCUUCCUGCAGCAAAGAAAGAAAAGAACAAGCCAUCUUUUGCACAUUGUUCCACACAGGCUGAUACCAAUUUUUCACCUUUUUCAUCUGUAGAAUUUAGAUUGCCUGACAACAAGGUACGUCCAUUGGAACAGCCUUUAAGUGACAAACCCAUAGAGUCCCAGCCAACUGAUGCUAAUAAUGCUAACAGAAGUGCUCCUCAGGAAGAAGAUUCUCUGGAUAAACUCCAUGCUAUAUGUGGCCAGCAUUGUCCAAUACUGAUGGUGACCAUAACACCAAUUAAUGAGGAACAGAGAGGGUAUGCCUACCAAAAAGCAUCUGAUAUUGAGAACCACCUGAAUCCAUGUUUGUUGGCCAAAAAAUGUGAACAUUUACAAUGGUCAGGCAAAGAUUUAAUAACAGAUGAAAAUAAUCAUGUGAUUCUGAAGAAUAACUGUAUCAAUAAGAUUGCCAAUAAUAUUUUUGGUAGGUUUUAUGCAAAUAACACCCUAGAUUUUAUUAGUAACUUUGGAAUAUUUGUAUCAUCAACUCUGAAAGACACAAGCUGUUUAGAGAAGUUACAUAUUACAGGGGACGCGAAUGAAAAACCCAUGGAAGUCAUCAAACGUCAAAGUAAUGUAUCCAGACACAUACCCAGUGAUCUUGUGAUAGGCACAAAUAGUGAGCUACCCAAUGGAAAGCAAAAAACAUGCCAAACUCUAAGAAUAAGCCAGACUGAUAUUGUUGGAGAAAAAUAUUCUCCCAGGUUGGCAGACCCAGCAGAAACCUGUCAUUCUGAAACAUCUCUGAAGUGUAACACUUCUUUAAAUAACAUUGAACAUAAUGUGUAUGAGAAUCUGAAAAGUGAAAACGCCUUUCCUCCAGAAGAAGAAGAAGUAGAAGAAGAAGAAGAGAAAGAAGUUUGCUUUCGUACAAUGGCCAAUGGAAACAGUAAACAUGAGAAAGACUUAUAAGAGAGAUCUUGGAAUUUCUACAAUAUUAGAUUAGUGAAAACAUCUUCAGGAAAAUAAAUAAAAAUCACAAAAUAAACUGCUGAACAACGCACCUAGGAAAAAUCUUAAUGUGAAUCCAGCCCAAACCUAGAUAAAUAUAAAUCACAAGUGUAUAUCAAUGCUGAAAUACAUACGAUUACUUACAGUUUUAUG